UGCGGCGGUGGCUGCCCCUGCUCGGCGCGCUGCGCGGCUGGGCGCCCCGCGCCAUGUUCUCGGUGCUCUCGUACGGCAGGCUGGUGGCGCGGGCCGUGCUGGGCGGCCUCUCGCAGACCGACUCCCGCGACUACAGCCUCGUGACGGCCUCGUGCGGCUUCGGCAAAGACUUCCGCAAGGGCAUCCUCAAGAAGGGCAUGUGCUACGGCGACGACGCCUGCUUCGUGGCCCGGCACCGCUCGGCCGACGUGCUCGGGGUAGCAGAUGGUGUCGGAGGCUGGCGGGACUACGGCGUCGACCCUUCUCAGUUCUCAGGGACUCUCAUGCGGACGUGCGAGCGUUUGGUGAAGGAAGGACGGUUCGUGCCGAGCAACCCCGUGGGGAUUCUCACCGCGGGCUACUGUGAGCUGCUGCAGAACAAAGUGCCCCUCCUGGGAAGCAGCACAGCUUGUAUAGUAGUUCUAGACAGAACAAGUCAUCGUUUACACACAGCCAACUUGGGAGACUCUGGAUUUUUGGUGGUCAGAGGGGGAGAGGUUGUCCACCGAUCGGAUGAGCAGCAGCACUACUUCAACACUCCCUUCCAGCUGUCAAUAGCUCCCCCCGAAGCAGAAGGAGUUGUCUUAAGUGACAGCCCCGAUGCUGCCGAUAGCACCUCCUUUGAUGUCCAGCUUGGAGACAUUAUUUUGACUGCGACAGACGGACUCUUUGACAACAUGCCUGACUACAUGAUUCUUCAGGAGUUAAAAAAGCUGAAGAACUCGAACUAUGAGAGUAUACAGCAGACUGCAAGAAGCAUCGCGGAGCAAGCUCACGAGCUGGCCUAUGAUCCCACUUACAUGUCACCGUUUGCACAGUUUGCAUGCGACAACGGGCUGAAUGUGAGAGGGGGAAAACCAGACGACAUCACCGUCCUUCUUUCUAUAGUAGCUGAAUACACAGACUGACUUGCCAGGAGUGUCAGCCCCAGUUUUCCUUGCCCUGAGCUCCUACACGUCCAGUUUCCUGCGGGCAGGAUUGCUUCCUUUCCUUGCGGCUGCUCUCAGCAGCCACUUCUCAAGCACGUUGCCUGUCGAGACAYAACUGAAGUCCUUGUUAAGAACCACUCUUGCAGUGCACUGGCCCGUCUGCCAGCAACAAGCGCAGAAGCUCGAGGCUCCGGCCCGGCUUUCUGAGCUUAGGGAUUGUCCGUGGAAGGGGAGCAUCAAUCGCACGUUCUUACUGCGUCUGAAAUGUGACUUGCUUUCACAUGGGGAGAAUUGGUCUAUCAUCAUUCAAGCUAGAGUUAAUAGAAGAAACCUCUACCUGAGGGCGUGUUACUCUAUCUCCUAGAAACGUUCACUAUUCAUUAAAGGGUAUGUUACAGAGCACAGAGCAUAGUCUUGUUACAGUGAUAGCUGAGGUUUUGUGUUCCCAAGCUCCAGUUUUCAGGAGACUUUAACUGCUGUAAACACUUUGCUUUUGCCAUACAUGGUGUCAGCCUAGGAGCCUUUUCUAGUACAGAAUUUGAAGAAAAAAAAAAGCCCAUACUUAGUUCAAGUUAUAUGGAUGCAAAUGUGUUUUGUGAUUUCGGGUGCUUUACUGUGAUCUUACAAGUUCAGCAGAUCAUUUGUCCAUAACGGGCCUGGUAUCUGGAUGUUUUGGCURUGGGUAAACUUUUUUUUUAAAAAAAAAAGGUAAUUCUGCUCUCAGAAAGCCAAGAUGGUCAGAGCUGAGGUCCCUGCAGCACUUCAAGCCACGUCCCCAGCGCGGGAUGGCCACGUGGCCCCCGAGCUGCAGUGAGGGGCAGCGGUGGCGCUCGGCUCCGAGCUUCUGGGCUCUGGCAGGUCCGAGCAGAGCGGAGUCCCUCGCACCAGUUCCAGUCAAGUUGACCCUUGUCUUUCUGGCUCUCAGGCACGCACCUCUGCUUGUGCUGUGGCAGCAGCAGUAAGUAAAAAAUGGAAACUUCACUGAGUAAUUAGCAGAGCUUACAUUUCAGUAACUAAAGUUUAGGAUUUUCAGAACGAACCUUAAUGAUGUUUACAGUUAUCUACUAGCCACUUCGCAAUAUUACAUUUCCUUUUGAAUUACAGUAGCUUGCAAUUGUUCCCCCUGGUCCAUCACGCUCUCUUUUGUUUCCUGAGGUUCAUACAAAAAGCUGAUAGCUGUAAAGAUUAUAUAUAUUUUUGGUCAGUUUUUCAUUAAGUUUUUUGCUGGUAGAAAAGUAUGUAGAAAUAAAUUAAAGCCAUGUUUUUAUAUAUAUAAAAAGUCGGGUAAUGUUGAUGUUUAGGUGAGUGCAGUUAAACUUGGUCAGUAAGUAAUCUUACCUGAUCUCAGGAGGAGAUUUUUACUACCUGGUUUAUUGUAUUAAAACUGUUUAAGUUUGAGGUUACCUCAACUUGUUUAAAGAAUUUUUUGUGGACUUGUACUGUAUAUUUGCGUAACUAUGUCAAGCUUUUAUUUAAGAUCAUUUAACAUGUACCAUGUACAUGUCAUUUUACUAUAUUUCAAUGCAUCAUGCUUGUAACAGGCAUUUCAUUUAUAAUAAGUGAUUAAUUUGGAAGCUCUUCGGUAAUUUAUCUGCUAUUCCUAAAUUGGCAUAAUGUUAGCUAUCUAUUUUAAAUCACCUUAUAAUUGCUUGUCAAAAUGCCUUAACUACCCUAACUUGACCAAAAUAUUAUUUUGGUGGGGGUACGGGGAGGAUUAUGUUAAUGAAGACUUAAUUAAUUUUGCGAUACAUGGAACAGUGAGUGGUGGAUAACUUUGCACAAAUUGUCAGUCCUUGUUAUUUUUUUUAAAUUGAACAAGCUGUUUCUAGCUGUCUUGUUAGGAGGAAUGUAUUCAUGCUGCAGUAUAGGGCUUUGUUUCUAGCAUUUGGGAGGGCUGUUUCUCUCUCAAAUCCGCGUAUCUCUACAUUUUAUUCCUCAGUAUUUCCUAUCAUGCUUCUUAACUAGAGCAGAUUUGAUCAAUUACUCUUUCCCUUGAACGCCCCUUAAAAUAAAGCCCCGCUUGAGCUGCCCUGUUUUGCACUCUGUCCCUCUCGGCGUGUUCCCGUCCGGCCCUCGCUGCUUUUUCCCACUUGCCCGAACGUUCCGUCAGGAGCCGCGGGGGCUCCCGGUGCUCCCGGCUCCGGCACCCGUUGCGCUUCCGCCGCCUUCCCGGAGCUGAACGGCGGCCUGGCCGCUUCGCUCUGACCCUACUGUCUGUGUUCAAGCAGUUUUUAGUUGAGCACUCUGUAUAAAGCCACUUGCCUCAUAUCACAUCUUUCUUUUUUUUCUUAAUACAGAACAAAUUUGGAUUUUAAUUUACAAAUCAUGAGUUUAUCCCUCACUGGACACACCAAAGACCAGUAAAGCUUAUAGCUUUUCCAUCUGUUUAUAAAGCAAUACUGUAUUAUAAAGAAUUAAUAUUUUUAUCACAUGCUUGAUUUUUUUUUGUUUGUUUUUUUUUAAGAUGUGCACUCUAAACAUAUCAAACCUAAUUUCUUCCUAUGAACUUAAGCUGUCUGCGCACAACAGAUUGUUUUGGAAAAGGAAACGACAGGGCCCAUAAUAUCAAAAUAACUUUAGAAGAUGCAUGAAGCAGUAACACUUGCUAGGGUUAGCUGAUUGUGACCGUUUGAGAGGAAUGUACAAGAAAGGUGUGSCCUGGAUGGGGAACACACACGAAUGGAGCACAAGCAGCUUCCAGCUGCUGCACAGAGAUUCGUGGUUCUUACCGGGAGCGGCUGGCUUUUAGGGAGCAGUAAUCGGAAGCAGGAGGAGGAGGUUGGGAUACCGGUAACCUGCGGUGCACAGAAUACAGCAGCRUUGCAGGAGUCGGCGCUUCUGCAGCAGCGUUACUGGGUAAAUGGGUUAAAAAGGGCUAAGAUUGGUGAACUGUAAAACUGUGGUUCCUUGCUACUUUACUGGCUAUCUUUGGGAGACCUGCAACAUACAGUUUCCCGCUAAAUUUACUUUAUUUGUGCUUAUAAAGAAGGUAUGGCCAAAACCAAACGGAUUUUGGGACCAGAUAGUUAGGCCUGAGGAAGGGAAAAGGGAGAGGUGAAGGUCUAGUGAAGAUGGGAAGCAUUUUGUGAGAGAAUCUCCUUCUCYUGGUAGUGGACACCCUUUCUCUGGGGGAAAAUCAGACUGUGUACGUGUAGUAACUGACUGUAUGAAGUAGUUUCUUACAAAGAUAGCUCAAAUGAAGCAAAUCUGAAUCUGUAUCUAAUGAGGAUGCUUUCUUUGUUUCG